CAUUUCUCGGUUAUUUAUUCUUCAAAUACCUCUUCCCCUCCCUCUUCUGCUUCCCUGUCGCUGGUGGGGCACUCCCCUUUGUCUGCCCAGCAUCGUCACCACGAUGAGGACCCUCUUCGCCCUUGCCCUUGUAGGCCUGCUCGCCUUGGCGGCAGCACAGGAAGUGCCUCGCGCCGGCGUGCCUGCACGUCGGCUCCAGUAUGGUCCAGCUCCAGCCGAUCCGCCAGAGACGCCGCCAGAGAUGCCUCCUUACGUUGUGCCUCCUUACCCCCCAUUCUUCGAUACGCCGCCAGAGGCGCCGCCAGCUGAGGAGCCGCCAGUUGUGGAGCCGCCAGCUGUGGAGCCGCCAGCUGUGGAGCCGCCAGCUGUGGAGCCGCCAGUUGAGCAGCCGCCAGUUGACGACGGCACUGACGGUGGUGACGACGACAUGCCCGACGACGACGAUGAUGACGAUGAUGACGACGACGAUGAUGACGAUGAUGACGACGACGACGAUGACGACGAUGAUGAUGACGACAUUCCCGACAACGGCCCUGCUGACGACGACAGCUCGGCUGACGACGACGGCCCAUGGCUUCUGCUGGCGGAGACCUUUGGAGGACUUUGGCGCCUGUGACUGACUGAUAAGUGAAUGGCUUCUUUCUUCGCUAUGUUGAGCGAGCGAGCGAAGAGGGCUGGACUGCAUGUACGUUAUGUGGAAUGGUACAUACUCACGUGUGUGUAUUUGUAUUUGGCGCUGCGUUGGUCCAUUUGGGGGAUUUGUGAGUGCUGAGACAAAGGUUGUCAGAUUCUUUUUGUUGUCGCGUGCCCGGGAG